CCUUCAGGAAGUUCAAGAUACAAAAGCUCAUGACAAGGAAGCCCACCCUUCUCGGUGCCCCCAGAGCGCGGUUUGUGCCUCGCUGUCCGCAGCGGCUGGGGCUCGCUACCGCUCUCUCCCGCCCCAGGUGUCCCACGCACGCCAGGUGCCCCUGGCAGGGGGAAGCGGCCCCGGGCGGGCGGCGGGCGCCUCUGCCGGGGUCGGGCGGCGCUGCCGCUCCCCGCGCCGCGCCUCCUCCGCCUGGCAGCCAGGCGGGCGGGCAGGGAGAAGGAGAGGGAACGGGAAAGGGAGGGCGCCGAGCUCGCCGCCGCUCCGGAGCCGCGGCAGCGCGGCCGGCCUGGGCGGCAGCCGGACCCCCGCCCGCCCGGCAGCGGGAGCGCCUCCGCCACCGCCGCUCGCCCGGGGCUGCCUCGGCGGCCAGCGGAGCUCCCGCCGGCCAUGGAGCUCUCCCUGCGGCUGCUCCUGGCGUCCUGCCUCUCGCUGGGGGCGGCCGGGGAAUUUGACAGAAGGUGGCCCAGACAUAUGGUCUCUUCUGCAGGACUGUGUCGGUUUGGAAGCAGAAUUGACUGCUGCUGGGGCUGGGCCCGAGUGGCCUGGGGACAGUGCCAACCAUUCUACGUCUUAAGGCAGAGAAUAGCCAGCCUAAGGUGCCAGCCCAAAGCUAUAUGCCAGCCAGGGUGCAAACAUGGUGAAUGCAUUGGGCCAAACAAGUGUAAGUGCCACCCAGGAUACACUGGAAAAACUUGCAACCAAGAUCUGAAUGAGUGUGGACUAAAGCCGCGGCCGUGCAAGCACCGGUGUAUGAACACCUACGGCAGCUACAAGUGCUACUGCCUGAACGGCUACAUGCUAAUGCCAGACGGAACGUGCUCAAAUGCCCUUUCUUGCCUGAUGGCAAACUGUCAGUAUGGCUGUGACGUGCUGAAAGGGGAGGUGCGCUGCCGCUGUCCUUCUCCAGGGCUGCAGCUUGGGCCUGAUGGCAGGACUUGUGUGGAUAUUGAUGAAUGUGCUACUGGGAGGGUUCUCUGCCCACGAUUUAGGCACUGCGUCAAUACCUUCGGGAGCUACAUUUGCAGGUGUCAUAAAGGCUUUGAUCUGAUGUACAUUGGAGGCAAAUACCAAUGCCAUGAUAUAGAUGAAUGUUCCCUUGGCCACCACCAGUGUGGUAGUUUUUCACAUUGCUACAACACUCCAGGAUCCUACAAAUGCAUAUGUAAAGAAGGGUACAGAGACAAUGGAACAAACUGCAUACAAAGGCCAGUGACCAGGCCAACAGUUCAUCCGACAACUGGGCUGACAGCUCGUCCCACACCUGGGCCAACAACUCGUCCUACACCUGGGCCAACUCAACUUGCACCCAGGACAACUCGACUGACACCCAAGCCAACCACGAGAUACGUGCCAGUGACAACAAGGCCGGUCACGACACCAGUGGUGAAGCCUCCGCCUCCAACAACACCUCAGCCUACAACAGUAAGACCUACACUAGCACCACAAAGAACUCCUCUGGUAACAACUGAAGAGCCUUCACGUGUUCCCAUUGAAACUACAUCUUCCCAAGGAGUUAUAGAUGACAACAGGAUCCAGCCAGAUCCUCAGAAACCCCGUGGAGAUGUGUUCAUUCCACGCCAGCCUGGAGUGAGCAAUAAUCUGUUUGAAAUACUUGAAAUUGAAAGAGGGAUUACAGCUGAUGAAUUUGAAGCAAACGAUGACCCAGGAGUGCUGGUGCACAGCUGUGAUUUUGACAGUGGACUGUGUGGAUGGAUCAAAGACAAAGAUGAUGACUUGCACUGGGAACCAGUGAGAGACGUAUCAGGGGGGCAGUACCUUACCAUCUCUGAUCCCAAGGGCAAAGAAGGAGGAGUAGCACAUCUUAUCCUGCCGUUGGGUCACCUGGCUCAGGCUGGAGAUUUGUGCCUGUCCUUUAGGCAUAAGGUACCUGGGCUGCAUUCUGGUACCCUGCAAGUCUUUGUAAGGAAAACUGGUGCUCAUGGCCCAGCUGUUUGGGGAAGAAAUGGUGGCCAUGGCUGGAGACAGACACACAUAACGUUACGAGGCGUAGGCAUCAAGAGUGUUAUUUUCAGAGGUGAGAAAGGGAAAGGAAGAACUGGGGAUAUUGGACUAGAUGAUGUGGUCCUGAGGAGAGGACGCUGCUCUGAAGAGCAUUAGCCAAGACAAUGGACCAGCAGUCAUCUCCUCUUGCCCUUCUCAUGCAAUUCCUACAAAACUUUGAAACAGAACUGCAUGGAAAAGAAGAAAAAGUGGGAGAGCAGCAACUUCUUAGUGGUAUGCUAAGUGCAAUCUUAUGGAAACUUCACUUAAAUACAUGGAGAGCACCUCCCAGGAUUGAGGAAAUCCAAUCUCAGGCUGGUUAUUUCUAUUAAUCCUUACCCCUAAAUAAUAUAUUGUGUGUAAUAACUUUGUUCCUUGUUAAGUCUGGUGAGUGCUCAUAGUAAGAGCACUUCUGAAAAAGGGAGAAUUAAUUACAAAUGGUAGCAAAAGAAAGCUCCAUCUCAGAGUUUGUGUUAACCAACAGCCACUAUCAUCCCACAGUGCUAUCUUUCAUUGAUUAAUUUGUGUGAAUCCCAUUGGAUUAGUGAAAGCCUGGACCUCAGCUUUGGCUUACUGCCACUGACCUUUGAAGAAAGAUUUUUCAUAGAAAUAGCAUUUACUUUGCUGUUGCAUCUGUAUUAACCAAAACCAGUUAGAGAGAGAAGGCAUUGCAUCCUGUAAUAUUGCUACUGCUGCAUUUUUUGUAUAUGUGUAUGGUUAACAUAUUUAUAUUUUUUAGUAUUUACAAACUGUAGUUGCAGGGUAAUUAGCAGCUGUACUUUCUUUUUGUUCAAGACAAAAGUUCAGCAUCUUCUUCAAUACUGCUGGUCAUGCCAAAUUAUCAAAGUCAGUUAAUGGUGCUCAUUGGAAAAUGCUGGUGCAGUUUUUCAUGUUGUAACGUCCUGAAGGCAAAAGAGCAAAUGCUCACCUGAUGGAAACUGGCAUCUGAAAAUGCUCUGCAAGUUUGCAUCGAGCUCACAAGCAAGCCCUAAAGGGCCCUGAAUCCUGCAAGAAGCUCCUGGUUCAGCUGAAGCAGCCAGUAGCUGUUGAACUUGGAUCUUGUAAGGUUGAGCCCGCUGGCACUGGCAGGAAUGAUCCCUUCCCACAGGUGGCACAAGCCUACACAUGAGGAAAAAAGGCAGCUGUGUUAACACUGCACAAACCAUUCGGACCCUGAAAUGCCUCCAGUGGUCUUUGGCAAAUGUCCAUACUCUGCCAACCUUCUGUAUAUAAUAAGCAUUUUAUUCUUUAGAACUAGAACAACUAUUAGCUCUAGUGGGAAUAAGUAUUUAUCAAAACUUUGGACUAAUUUUAUAGUUAUGUAUCAUGCAUGUGCUGUGCAGUUUCCCAGGGAAUUCUUCUGUUUUGUUUGGAAUUUUUUAAGUGGGCAUCAUCAUCACUGCUAGCAAUUCUAAAAUUGACAAAGUAAUUAUAACAUUUGAGAAAAUGAGAAGAGAUUGGUAAACUGCUUCUAAUGGUGCAGCCUUAAAGUUUAAAAAAAAAAUUUAUAAAAAAAUAGAUCUCGGUUCUUUUGAAUAAUUAAAUACAGUGUAAAAUAUAUGUCAGCUGCAUAGCAUGUUCAGCCUUGUACAAACUUCACAGAAACAAAUUUGCAAGACCAUUAGUCAUAUUCCAAAUCCCUGUUCCUGACAAAGUACAAGUCUGAAAAUAUUUUUUCCCAUUCAUCUCUUAGGACAAAACAUGGUGUAUAGAGCAGCAAUGUAUGUGAUCAAACAGAAAGUCUCCUGCAAAAGUGUAUCAGCAAACAUUUUGAAAAGGAAAAAAGCAAUGUGUUUGUAAACAUUAAAUUUUAAACUAUUUUGUUUCAUUAUAAUCUUUUUCUCUUAUGUUAUUUUGUGAUAUGUCAGAAAUAUUUGUGAAUAGUUGAAAUACCUUGUCCUUAUUUUAAAGUAAUCAGUAAAAGAGACUGUUACUUUCUACUAA